UGGGACCAAAUCUCCCUCAGUCCAACAUUGAGGAUUGCGCUUCAACAAAAUGCCACAGAGCAUCUGAAAGUCUGAGUUGAAUCCUGUCUGCCUGCGGUGUCAGGAUCCCGCACACACCCUGCUGUAUCCGGGUCUCCUCGCGUUGCACCUGUCGGUCGGUGUUUGAGCAGGCUGAGCUGCAGUCACCCCGACUCCCCUCCCCAGUUUGCAGAUGGAGACCCCGCCACUCGGUUGGAGCGAGCACACCUGUGAUGAUCCGGGUGUGGACGGGACAGGACCUGCUGGGGGCCGCAGCGCCAGCACGCACGUGCGUGACCUCUUCCACGAAGACGCACAGGGUUUUCAGCAGUCGAGCCAGCCAUGGUGGAAGAUCAAGGUGUUUGUGUGGGAGCCCGUUCUGUUCGGGACCUGGGACGGCGUCUUCACCACCUGCAUGAUCAACAUCUUCGGGGUGGUUCUCUUCCUGCGCACUGGAUACCUGGUGGGGAACACGGGGGUCCUGCUCGGGAUGUUCCUCGUCUCCAUGGUGGUGCUGGUGGCGUUGGUGACGGUGAUGUCGGGGAUCGGCGUCUCCGAGCACUGCGGCGUCGGCGGUGGAGGAGUCUAUUCCAUGAUCUCCAUGGUCCUGGGGGGCCGGGUGGGCGGCACCCUCGGUCUCAUUUAUGUCUUCGGACAGUGUGUGGCCGGAGCCAUGUACAUCACGGGCUUCUCCGAGUCGGUGGCGGAGCUGCUGGGUCUCCAGAACCAGUGGGCGGUCCGCAGCAUGUCGGUGGCCGUGCUGCUCGCCCUGCUGGGAAUAAACCUGGCCGGGGUCAAGUGGAUCGUCAGGCUGCAGCUGCUGCUGCUGGCUCUGCUGGCCGUCUCCACCCUGGACUUUGUCAUCGGCACAUUCACACACCUCGACCCAGAGCAUGGUUUCAUUGGUUAUACAUACAGCCUGCUCAGCAGUAACACACUGCCAGAUUACAGUCCUGGAGAAAGCUUCUUCACAGUGUUUGGAGUCUUCUUCCCUGCUGCUACAGGGGUUAUGGCAGGCUUCAACAUGAGCGCAGACCUCCAGCGACCCGAACACAACAUCCCUGUGGGAACACUGGCAGCUGUCCUGACCUCGUGGUUCCUGUAUCUGGUCUUCGUCUUCCUCCUGGGGGCCAUCUGCACCAGAGAGGCUCUGCGCUAUGACUUCUUGAUCGCAGAAAAGGUCUCCUUGGUGGGUUUCCUCUUUCUGCUGGGCCUCUACAUCUCCUCCCUGGCUUCCUGCAUGGGCGGGCUGUACGGAGCACCCAGGAUCCUCCAGUGCAUCGCCCAGGAGAGGGUCAUCCCGUCACUGGCCUUUCUGGGCCGAGGGAAAGGCCCAAACAGAACCCCGGUGGCGGCCAUCUGUCUGACCAGCCUGCUGACCAUGGCCUUCAUCUUCAUCGGCCAGGUCAACGUGCUGGCGCCCAUCGUGACGAUCAACUUCAUGCUGACCUACAGCUUCGUCGACUACUCCUACUUCAGCGUUGCCAUGACCUUCCAGCUACGCACUAAAGAGAAGACGGGGGACCUGAGCUGGACCAGAACAAAGCGGAAAACGUCAUCUCGGGAGAGCUUCAGACCACUGGUGGACACCACUCUGCCAAACUAUGGAAGCGGAAGCGAGAGUCCGCACAGCAAAGGCACCUUGCUGGCCUUCACCAGGGACAUGGACCACAUCUUUCCUCCUCUCUCUAAAGUUGGGUCCGGAGCUGAGAAGACCACCUCGACGCCGGACCGGAGCAGCAGAGGGUCUAAGAGCAGGAGGACGAGUGCAAAGCAGAAGCUGAUGGACAGCUUCGCUUUGGACCAGAACCGCAACGUUUUCUCCGGGGAGGAAGAAGAUGGAGACUUAAGUUCAACUCAAACGGACGAGGAAGCUGAGGAGAAGCGUGAAGGUGGGGAGAUCGACGCUCGGGACCAACCCCAGCUACAGAAAUCCAGAAAAACGCAUCAAAAUGAGCAGUGCUCAUCUGCUGAGAUUCCCGGUCGCCACACAGGUGCUGAAAUUAAAGACGAACAUCAACGCAUGGAGAAAUCCUUCUAUGCAAAGUUCUCUAACCACUGGGUUGCCCUCAUUGGGGCAGCGUGUUCCAUUCUGAUCAUGUUUGUCAUUCAGUGGGUUUAUGCCGUUGCAAACAUAGCUGUCGCCUUCCUGCUCUACUUCUACAUCGGGAAAACGAGCCCCGGACUCCCAAAAGGUAUUGCAGCUCAGUUCAGCCUUUGCACUUGGCUCAGAUCAACACUGGCUCGUACGCUCAGAGGAAAGAAACCUUCCUGUGAUGAAAUUGUGCUCACGCCGUCCCUUUCUGGAGUGGGGCUGAAAACCAAGCAGCUGACAGAGGAGAAUGAAGAUUUUGCCUCUCGUGACCGCUAUCACCACUCCUCCGUCAUCAGUGCCGGCGAAAUGGUGCAAGCUCCGUUUCACUGACAGACGUAAAUCCAGCCUAAUGCUGACGUCCCGAAAAAAAGAAUCAUCUGCCUUAAACGCUUUCCACAUGUUGUUAAAUCUGUUCGCUGUAAUGGCUCAAGGAAACCUGAACUCCAAACAUAUUUAGAAAACGGGGAUAACUAAACUAUAGCAGUGAUUUGAAUGCGACGGUAACUGAAAACACAUCACGAAAUAAACUGUAACCCUAAUCUGUUAAAACUUUCCUCUGUCAUCAUGUGACACAAAGGAUUAAUUAAUUUAUACACACUUUCUUUAUGGAUACAGUUUAGUGUCUGUUUAGUUGUUUUAGAGAGUUGGCUAAUAUUUGUCAACCUUAUUUCUGAUGUAGGAUAUUUGAUAAACUAAUCCAAAUGUUCAGUAAAUUCAUUUGACCGAUGACCAAAACUGGUUUAAAUUCAAACUGAAUUAAUUUUGUAGCUUUUGUUGUGGAAAUCAGCGAGCAGUAGUUUUGCUGUUUUCUGGUGUGGUUGAAUAUAUAGAGUGAGUAUCUUUGUUUGGAUAAAAUGUGUCACUUAUUUCACAGCAAACUAGAAAUCACUUAAUGUUAUUUUAUUGCCAGGGCAGAAGCCUGCUGGAUGGAUCUUGAAUGGCUGUGGGGAAUUUUUGUAAUGGAGAAACGACAAAAUUCACAAUAGGAGUCUGAUCCAUGCUGAUGCUCAUCUUGAUGUUCACAUUUGGACAUCCAGAGACCUAGAGCUGCCCUACACUUAGUGAAUAGUAAUGAGAAGCCUGAAUAACAGUCUUUGUGCACCUGCAUGAACAAUACAGGCCUAAUUUCAUCUUCAUGGAACAAAAUGCUCUAACUCAUCCAAGCUACAUCAUGAGGAACCAUUUUCUGGGGGCUGGAGUACCUCAAGUAUUUUGACUUUCUCCAGACUUUCUCAGUCCCGACUGAACAGCUCUGGGAUCAGCUGAAUCGCCAUGUAGAGGCUCGUGACGCUCUACCUCAGAGGCUCAGUGACUUAAUUUCCACCCUUCAAGAAGAAUGGGAAGCCAUGCUUCUGCAGACAAGUUGAGGUACAUGAUACAUUACUGAAACGUUGACAUUUUUUCUUGAGGCAUAUCCACCACUGUUGUUUUCCUUUGUUUCGUUGAAUUGUUUGAGCUUAUUGCACGCUUCUACUUGAAUGUUCUAUUUUCAUGAUGUAACAUCAUCAUCGUAUGAACUUUUUGUUUUCCAUAAAUUUCACCCAAAAACUAAAUAUCUUGAACUUUUUGUGAGUAAUGUCUUUGCUGUUUUAGACGUAACAUUUCAACAAAAACUGCUCUGUUUUAAAUCAGAAUCACUAUUGAUUGUGACUGAUUGGAGGUGAACUUGAGGCAGUCUUUGUUAAAUACAGUUAAUUUGAAUGUAAGCCUGCACUGCAUGCUCUCCUGCAGUGCUGACGCAAUUUAUGACAGUGAUGCAGAGCAUUGUACAAUGCAGGGAUUCUCAAAGAGUUUGAGGAAGAAGGCCUAGAUCUCGAGAUGGAGAAUAAUUCUAAUCUUUUAUUCUAAACAUCUGUUGGGAUCCACAACAAAAGACACACAUCUUCUCAUGCUCGGGGAAAGCGCUUCAUCUCUUGGGUCUUCUUAAAUAUAGCAUGCAAAUUUCCCAACUGUUACACUUGUGGUUUUUGUGGCAAAAUUACCAAAAAUAAGGACCAUCAUAACUGCUAUCUGUGUUCUGACAAGCUCAACCUGGGAACCAGCUUUUGAGUCUCAGGCUGUUUUGCUCUCUUUCUAGCAGCAUCUCGGGUCUCGUGUUGUCUUUGCCAUACCAAUUUGUUUUAAAAAAAUUAAUUUAACAUUUGCUUGUUGGUUUGGCAGGCCAGAAUGGAGCCUGUCGCGGCCCUAUUUUGACCCGCGUGCCUUAUG